AAUUUCAUUUUAUUAUUUUAAACAAGAUCAAACCAAGAGAACCAAAAAUGUUCUUGGGUCUCAAAGUGAGACCCAACAUUCUAAGAGUAACCAAGAAUUACAAGACCUUUCAUUCCCUUGGAUGAAAUCACAAGGAUUUUGCAGAUAUCUAUUAAGGGACCAUGAGGAAAGGAUAAAGUUUGUUCUCGAUGGAGUCCUGCUCUUUUGAUGUGAAAGUUACACUUUCAUUAAUGAGUAAAGUAGCUGGAAAAGUUACACAUUCAUUAAUGAGUAAAGUAGCUGGGACAGCUUCCUUCCUACCUUACACUAGUCAGACAAGUAUGUUGAGUCACUGAUACCACAAAUCAAAAGGAAUAUGCACAGGACACACUGGGCUCAUCCUAAGGGUGUUCAUGUUUGGACACCAUGUCAUUUGAGAUAUUUAGGCUGCAGAGGAGAAGGCUGGGCUAGUCAACAAUCAUCGUAUACCAAUAACAAACACACAAACAAGUCCCUGAGAUGAUUUCAGAAAGUAAGUGCCAUGAAGAAGAUACAAUAGGGCACAGUGAGGUAGAGCAUGACUGAGGAAAGGGAGCUUUCUGAAUGAGGGAUUUUAUAGCUGAGUGGGUGAUCUUAUAGCCGAGAUUUACAAGAUGAGAAGGGAGCAAACAGAUGAACAGCUGGGUGGUGGGCUGGGGGAUGGGGCGGGGGCUGAGGGGAGAAUUGAGUGCUCCAGAGACAAAAGAACUCCCUCCAGGAUACUUGGCACACUUGAGAAAUAGCAAAAAGGUGGGAGGACAAAGUGGGAAAAGUUGGCGGAAGAUGCCAGAGAAGAAGCCAAGGGCCCAAUUAAGUAGGUCCUUGAGGCCAUGAUAAGGAUUUUGGAUUGCACCACUCACAGAUUUUAAGCAAAAGAUUUGAUCUUUGAGGAAAUUUUCCCUGCUUUGUGAGAGUACAAGUUAAAGUAGGAGACAGAUCCAUUAGGAAGAUGUAGCCACAGACCCGGUGAGAGAUGAUAGUGGUAUGGUAGGCUUAAAAAUAGUCCCAGAAAAGAUAUCUGUGUCCUAAUCCCCAAAACUUGUGGAGAUUACUUUAUUUUAUUUUAUUUUAGAUGGAGUCUUGCUCUGUCACUCGGGCUGGUGUGCAGUGGUGCAAUUUCGGUUCACUGCAACCUCCUCCUCCUGGGUUCAAGCGAUUCUUCUGCCUCAGCCUUCCGAGUAGCUGGGAUUAUAGGCCCAUGCCACCAUGCCCAGCUAAUAUUUUUUGUAUUUUUAGUAGAGACAGGGUUUCACCAUGUUGGCCAGGCAUAUCUCAAACUCCUGACCUCAAGUGAUCCACCCGCCUUGGCCUCCCAAAGUGCUGGGAUUACAGGCGUGAGCCACCGUGUGCAGCCGAUUACUUUAUAUGGCAAAUAUAAUUACAGAAGAAAUUGUCUUAGGAUACUGAGAUGGAGAGAUUAUUUGGAUUAUAAGGAUGGACUCUAAAUGCAUUCACAAGCAUCCUUGUAAGAGAGAAGCAGAGGGAGAUUUGACACAGAAGGAGGCAAUGUGACCUCAGAGACAGAGAUUGGAGUGACGUGGCCACAAGUCAGAGAAUGCUGGCCACCAUUAGAAGCUAGAAGAAGCAAGGAAAGGAUUCUCCCCUAGAGCCCUUACAAUGGCCUGUGGCCCUGCCGAUGCCUUAAUCUGGAUUUUUGGCCUCCAGAACUGUGAGAAAAUAAAUUUGAGUAAAGGGAGCAAGUUUGUGGCUGAAAACAACACACAACACAAUUUGUUACAACAAUUACAUAAAAUUAAUACCAGUGGCUUGGAGUAGGGUUUUAGCAAUUGAGAGGGUCAGAAGUGAUUGGAUUUAAGAUAAAUUUUUGGAGACAGGACUGACAAGAUUUGCUGAUGUAUAUGGUUUAGGUAUCAUAAAAGGCAAAGAAUCAAGGCUGAUUCCCUUUUUUCUGAACAAGUGGGUGGAUGAUGACAUAGUUUACUGACAUGGGGGCAUGGGGGAGGGUACAGGCGUUAUAGUUAUAUGUUUGCCAUAUUUAUGUUGGAGAAAAUAUCAGCUAUCAUGUGUCAGUGCUCUCUACAUGCCAGGCAGUGUCCUAAAUUCUUUACAUGUGUUAGCUCAGUUAACACGUGUAAGUCAAGCGGGCAGUAAGAUAUAUGACUGGAGUUGAAAGAGGGCUAGGCUAGGAGCCAUCAGUGUAUUUAAAGCCAUGGAACUAAUUAGAUCACCCAGGAGAACAUAUGCAGACGAGAGAAGAUCUGGUUCAAGGCCUGAGCCAGGGCACACUUCAUCUUUUGGCAGAACAGAGGGAAUGGAUCCAAAAAAAGGAAAGAAGGAGCCAGUGAGGAGGGUGGAAAACCUGGAGCAUAUCAAGUCACAGAAGUAAAACUGGGGCCCAAAAUGUAGAGGGAGCCAUAAAGAUGAGGAGGACGAGAGCUACAUAGUCGCGCUCUUUCUAGGGCAGAGAGGCGGACAGAACUGACAGCUGCUAUGUAGCAAUAUGACCGUCUCAAGUGACCUUGCGAAGCGCCACUGCAGUGGCUGGGUGGGGAGGAAAGCUCCAUCAGAGCCAUUUGAAGAGAAGAGGAUGGGAAGUGAGCGUACACAGAGAAUGCAGGCAACUUUUAGGAGGAAUUCUGAUGGUAAUAGAAGUGGGCUGUAGCUGGUGGGACUCUGCGGUCCACAGAGGGCUCUAGCUGGACCCUCUGUGGGUCUUUCAAAGUGACUGAUUCUGCAUCAUGUUUGCGGGUGGCAACUGUGAGGGGGAAAUCGAAGGUGAAUACAAAACGGGAACAAGUGAAGAGGCAACGUCCCCAUACAGGCCGGGUGGGCUGGGGUUGGAGCACAGGAGGCCUGACCCUGUCUCUUCCACUUUCCCUCAAACCUUUGGUCACCAAGCGCAGACGCUCACCACAGAAGCCACCCAACCACAACUGCCGCGGAGCUCCGCAACACGCGCGGGCGACUUGAGUCGGGGAACCACGAUUCCCGGCGGGCGUUGCGCGGGGCACCCAGUGCGCAGGCGCACGGCGUCGGCCUCCGACUCGCCCCUCCCUCUGGGGCGCGGGCCUCAGUUCCGGGCUACAGCAGCCGACGCCGAGAGGCACCGUUUCUUCUUAAAAGAGAAACGCUGCGCGCGCGAGCCUCUGGUGCACAUGGCUUCCUCCCCGGCGGUGGACGUGACCUGCAGGCGGCGGGAGAAGCGGCGGCAGCUGGACGCGCGCCGCAGCAAGUGCCGCAUCCGCCUGGGCGGCCACAUGGAGCAGUGGUGCCUCCUCAAGGAGCGGCUGGGCUUCUCCCUGCACUCGCAGCUCGCCAAGUUCCUGUUGGACCGGUACACUUCUUCAGGCUGUGUCCUCUGUGCAGGUCCUGAGCCUUUGCCUCCAAAAGGUCUGCAGUAUCUGGUGCUCUUGUCUCAUGCCCACAGCCGAGAGUGCAGCCUGGUGCCCGGGCUUCGGGGGCCUGGCGGCCAAGAUGGGGGGCUUGUGUGGGAGUGCUCAGCAGGCCAUACCUUCUCCUGGGGACCCUCUUUGAGCCCUACACCUUCAGAGGCACCCAAGCCAGCCUCCCUUCCACAUACUACUCGGAGAAGUUGGUGUUCCGAGGCCACGAGUGGGCAGGAGCUUGCAGAUUUGGAAUCUGAGCAUGAUGAGAGGACUCAAGAGGCCAGGUUGCCCAGGAGGGUGGGACCCCCACCAGAGACCUUCCCACCUCCAGGAGAGGAAGAGGGUGAGGAAGAAGAGGACAAUGAUGAGGAUGAAGAGGAGAUGCUCAGUGAUGCCAGCUUAUGGACCUACAGCUCCUCCCCAGAUGAUAGUGAGCCUGAUGCCCCCAGACUACUCCCUUCCCCUGUCACCUGCACACCUAAAGAGGGGGAGACACCACCAGCCCCUGCAGCACUCUCCAGUCCUCUUGCUGUGCCGGCCUUGUCAGCAUCCUCAUUGAGUUCCAGAGCUCCUCCACCUGCAGAAGUCAGGGUGCAGCCACAGCUCAGCAGGACCCCUCAAGCGGCCCAGCAGACUGAGGCCCUGGCCAGCACUGGGAGUCAGGCCCAGUCUGCUCCAACCCCGGCCUGGGAUGAGGACACUGCACAAAUUGGCCCCAAGAGAAUUAGGAAAGCUGCCAAAAGAGAGCUGAUGCCUUGUGACUUCCCUGGCUGUGGAAGGAUCUUCUCCAACCGGCAGUAUUUGAAUCACCACAAAAAAUACCAGCACAUCCACCAGAAGUCUUUCUCCUGCCCAGAGCCAGCCUGUGGGAAGUCUUUCAACUUUAAGAAACACCUGAAGGAGCACAUGAAGCUGCACAGUGACACCCGGGACUACAUCUGUGAGUUCUGCGCCCGGUCUUUCCGCACUAGCAGCAACCUUGUCAUCCACAGACGUAUCCACACUGGAGAAAAACCCCUGCAGUGUGAGAUAUGCGGGUUUACCUGCCGCCAGAAGGCGUCCCUGAACUGGCACCAGCGCAAGCAUGCAGAGACGGUGGCUGCCUUGCGCUUCCCCUGUGAAUUCUGCGGCAAGCGCUUUGAGAAGCCAGACAGUGUUGCAGCCCACCGUAGCAAAAGUCACCCAGCCCUGCUUCUAGCCCCUCAAGAGUCACCCAGUGGUCCCCUAGAGCCCUGUCCCAGCAUCUCUGCCCCUGGGCCUCUGGGAUCCAGCGAGGGGUCCAGGCCCUCUGCAUCUCCUCAGGCUCCAACCCUGCUUCCUCAGCAAUGAGCUCUCCUCCAGCUUUGGCUUUGGGAAGCCAGACUCCAGGGACUGAAAAGGAGCAACGAGGAGAGGGUCUGCUUGAGAAACGCCAGAUGCUUGGUCCCCAGGAACUGAGGCGACAGAGUGCAGGGUGGGGGCAAGACUGGGCUGUAGGGGAGCUGGACUACUUUAGUCUUCCUAAAGGACAAAAUAAACAGUAUUUUAUGCA